AUGAUGUCUACAUCGUCUGGAUCAUCUCAUAACACGUCAUACAUUAGUGAUACUAAUUCCCGCAGCGUCAACACAAGACUUUCCCGAACAAAACAAGAGUGUGAUAAAACACUAGCUCGGUACGAAAAAGAACACAGCGGAACCAUAAACAAAAUGGGUGCACGGGAGAAAGUAUUGAGAGACUCAAUGUUAGCGUAUACAGAACGCAUGCGCAACAUUGCCAGUUCUCGGCAAUUCAUAGAGCCAGACAGGUAUUCUUCACCAGAAUCUUUACCACUUGUGGUUCAUGCAAAACAUAUUCCUAAGUUUCCAGUUGUAAAAAGUAAGAGAAAACCAGCUUCGCUCGAUGAGCUAAUUGGAAGCCAAGCUGAAAAAUCUAGACGCAUGUACAAUAAAACCGGAAGUAAGUUAUCUCUUCCAGCACUUCCUGACCGACUCAAUAAACGUACGCACCAUGUGAAAAUAAGUUUUGUGAGUGCAUCAGACCUUUACGACUUUGUAGAUUUCAGUAUCAGAAACAAAGCUUCGAAAGAGGAGGCACUAAGGAUGCUCAAGAAUGAAGCGUUUAGCAAACGUUCCAUGCGUCAACAUGGCGGUAAACAUAGAGACAGACCAGAUUCUGAUAAAGCGACGAAGUCGUCAGAUUCACCUACUCCAUCAUUUGAUGACGACAAUGACAGCCAAGGUAAAUCGAACGAUUCGCAUGGAAAUCCAGUGGAUCCAAUUGUAGUUAACCAUAGCAGUUCCUCCAAUGAUAGCGAUAGAUCAGAGGCAAGGAGCAGCGACGAGUCUUCAACUAGUGGUGAAUUAUCAGACAAUGACGUACCUGCUCUUUCGUUCGAUGCGUUAAAAAUCAGACCAAGGAGGGCAAAACGAAUGACUCUUCACCAGCCGCAGCUAAAUAUUAUUCCAGAAAAUUCCAUGAUAUCUCAAAAGGCAAACAAAAAAAGACAAAUAUCUGUGACUUCGCCCCCUCCAAAACAAUCUCCUCGCAAUAUCUUAAAUACAGUUCCUAUGUUAUCAGCUAUCCCUGAGUAUGAACAUUCCAGCAACGGGGAUGAAGAAUACUGGAAUAAGAAAAAGAAAGCAAGAGCUCUAAGAAGGGGGGAUAACCAAACUCACCAUGGCGUUAGACUCGAACCAAUUUCACAAGUUGAGCACCCACAAUUAAAAACUAAAAUGAAAGCACAGAAGAAAAUCCGCAAACUGAUUUAUCUCCGUGAUGUUCCUGAGAAAAAAAACUAUCGUGAAUGA